AUGUGGUCGGCUGCACUCGAGCCAGGCAUCACAUCUGAGAAUGAGGAAUUGGUGAAGCAGCUUGCAAAUGAGAGUGAGUUUGAGCGGGCUGUGCGGAAGGCUACCUUAAUCAUGUAUCAGAAGCUGAACCCAAACCGAAAGAAGCAAGUCGCUGUCUCUGAAAUUCUGGAGAACGUUAGUCACAUCAAUGCCGAAGGUACCAAGGCAGAACCCGGCCCUGUCCCAAAAAUGCUGCAGAAAGAGAGGCGAGUGCUUGAGCGACUGGUCAGCAUUCAAAGUAACAAGGACAUGAUGUUAGAUGAUUUUGUUGACAUCACAAAGAAGUAUGCCAAGGGAAUGAUCCCAUCUAACUUAUUAAUGCAGGGAGAGGAUGAUGGGCUUGAAGGGAAACCACCUGAAGAUUUGCCUUUGCAGCAGAAGAUCAUGAAAUAUCCACUUCAUGCCUUAAUGGAAAUAAAGGAGCACCUAAUAGAUUUUGCCUCCAAAGCUGGAAUGCACUGGCUGCAUACUAUUAUUCCACUUCACCAUAAAGUUAAGAUACUCCCAUACCAUGGAAGGGGCCUGGCAUCACAUUUAUGCUCUAUAGCAAAAUCCACGGAAGUACAAAUUUCAAACAUAUUCUUAAACUAACCAUUCAGAAAUUGAAAAUCCAAG